AUGAGACUAAAGGCUACUCUGUGCAAUACGGUACCAGCCCUUUCAUCUAGUCUGUCCACCGACGGUGGGAUAUACCAUGAAGCUCUCGAAUAUGCCUCCUUGUCUCACGCGUCUCGCUCAAUCGCGCUGGCCAUGGGUUUGCGCGGCCGCGUAACAAUGCCUCGAAAAGCGCGACGCCUACGCCCCGAUUUGCCACUUUCCAUCCGAGGUUGCAUUGUACAGCCCGCAGUAGUGCAGAUUCACCCUGGCCCGCUCGUUCGAGAGCGCCCCAGGGUAAGAGUGUCGUCAUGGUCGGUUUCACCUGGCCUUGGUUACCCAGUCGACGAGACUUUGGACGAUAAUGUCAUAAUAUGGGCCAAUGGCAGAAUUGCCGCAUUGUCGUCCGGUCUCACUCGAUGCCAUGCACUGCGUCACGGGGCCGACGAUGGUGCUUUCCGCAGAUGGUCCCUGCUCAUGUGCACACUUGAACGAUUGGAGGCCAGACCCAGACUAACGAUAUUUGUGGAACAACGUUACAAUGGGAAACAGCCAAGGUAUUCGCAUGCUGUUACCGGUAUUGGUGGUCCUCAAUACCUUGUUGUGUAA